CAGGCCACAAUGGGGCUCACAAAAGCAGAAACCAUCAAAUACUCAUCACUGGUGGUUCUGGUUGUCCAGAACUGCUCACUGGUGCUUUUUAUGCGAUAUGCCAUGACAAAGGAUAGACCGAAAUUUUUGAAGACAAUUACAGUUUUAUUCGGAGAAAUUUUCAAGUGCACCGUCAGUUUAUUGCUCGCGUGUAUCGAGGAGAAGAGCAUUGCCAAAGGACUCCGUAAAAUCCAUCACGAAUUCUUCGUCAACUGGAGGGAUACACUGAAAGUUCUGGUGCCAUCCGCGAUCUACACAGUUCAGAAUUUCUUGCUCUACGUUGCCGUCGACAAUCUUCCAGCCGCCACGUAUAUGGUCACUUAUCAGCUGAAAAUUCUGACGACGGCCGCAUUUACUGUUCUCGUACUUCAUCGACGUUUGACAAUUCAACAGUGGAUCUCGCUUUUCGUACUUUUCGCCGGAGUCGUCGUUGUUCAAUAUGAUCAAAAAAUGUCGAACGAGCGGGAAAAGGCGGCAGCGGCAGCGGUACUUUCCUCAACACUAGCUCCAACAACUACAGUAUCCCCAUUCUCAAAUCUCACCACAACUCUCACCACUGUCGUCACAACAGCGUCACUGGCAUCGUCUAAAACAGAAAAUUCGGUGCUCGGAUUUAUCGCCGUUCUCAUCGCUUGCGUUCUAUCCGGAUUUGCUGGAAUCUAUUUCGAGAAGAUUCUCAAAGGUUCAAAUGUGUCGAUUUGGAUCAGAAAUAUCCAGCUGGCGUUCCCAUCGAUUUUCUUCGCUUUUCUCUUUGCAUCGGUAAAAGACAAUUCAAGCCUCUACCAAGACGGCCCGAACCCAAUCGAAAUCUGGAAUAACAUGCUUCAAGGAUUCGACUGGGCAGUCUGGGUUACUGUAGCCAUCAACGCAUUCGGAGGACUCGUUGUUGCAGUCGUCAUCAAGUAUGCUGAUAAUAUUCUCAAGGCAUUUGCAACAUCACUUGCCAUCGUUCUCAACUGUAUCGCUGCUUACUUCCUGUUCAACUUCCGUCCAUCGAUUCUCUUCCUCGUCGGAGCUUCUGGUGUUAUCGCAGCCGUCUUCGCCUAUAGCAUGUACCCGUACAAAGCCUCUCAUCAAGCCCUGCCAACCGAUGCGCCGAAAGAAGUCGAGUUGCAGCCUGUGGUCGAGAGCAGCAAAUCAUAAAUUUCAUCUCUUAGAAAUGUUUUAUUAUGGGAACGCAGAAAAAUGCGCUUGUUGAAAUCGAUGCAACUGAGCUCCACUGCUAAAUGAGAACGAUCCGCCUUUAAACGUUGGGUCUCGUUAGGUAUUGGCGACAAAACCAGCAAUUCUAACGUUUUCCAUCAUUUUCGCCGAUUUCAACCAAUUUUUCGUCUUUGUACUAUUUUCCCGUUGAAAUUGAUGAAAAACCUUUUUUGACAAAAAAUCUUAUAAAAACAAUGGAAAAUCACCGAAAAAACGGGACUCAAAGUUUGCCAUUGGAGCGCGCUUGCACCUCAAUUUCAAAGCUCUCAUUUUUCUGCGUUUCCAUAAUAUUUAAAAAUUUUAAUCACAAAUCUAUAAUAUCAAACCCCCUUCUUCUUGUUUCCAUGUCAUUCCUUCCAAAUAUGUUCAUAGCCAAAAAAUGUUCACUGUUUUUCAUCUUUUUAAAAUGUUUUUUAUCUCCGGGUUUCUAUUGUUUUCUCUGUUUUGUUAAUAAGAACGAAUUUUAUAAGUAAAUAUAAGUAAUAGUAGUACGU